AUGCAGAGACACAAGAAGGAUUCAGGAGUGAAGCUGCUGUCUGCUGGACUGGAGAGUCCAGACUGUAAACUGGAGAGUCUCAGGUUGAUGAACUGCAGUUUGUCAGAAAUCAGCUGUGAAGUUCUGGUCGCAUCUUUGAAGUCCAACCCAUCCAACCUGACAGAACUGGACCUGAGUUGGAACAAGAACUUCAAGGAUUCAGGGUUUCUUCAUCUGUGUAGUUUUCUAGAGCUGCCAGACUGCAGACUGCAAACUCUGAGGUUGAUGGACUGCAGUUUGUCAAAGAACAUCUGGAAACCUCUGAUCUCAGCGCUAAAGUCCAACCCGUCCAAUCUGACAGAACUUGAUCUCAGGUGGAACAGAGACCUGCAGGAUUCAGGAUUUCCUCAUUUGUCUGGUUUUCUGGAGAGUCCAGACUACAGACUUCAGACUCUGAAGUAAGAAUCCAUGUUUGAGUUUUGUUCAUGUCAAUAUGAUGACAAAGUUGUGUUGACACUAAAGUGCAGACAUGAG